CCUUACAACAGCCUUCAGGACCUCCUGGGCCACUGAAGGGGUUUUGUGUGUUGCAGCUACAGGGGGUGUCUGUCCCAGCAAGUGUGUGUGGAGGCCAGGAUGAAGCUGAAGAAGCAGGUGACCGUGUGUGGGGCUGCUAUCUUCUGCGUGGCGGUCUUCUCGCUCUACCUCAUGCUGGACCGCGUGCAGCAUGAUCCUGCCCGGCAUCACAGUGGUGGGAACUUCCCCCGGAGCCAAAUUUCGGUGCUGCAGAACCGCAUCCAGCAGCUGGAGCAGCUCCUGGAGGAGAACCACGAGAUCAUCAGCCACAUCAAGGACUCAGUGCUGGAGCUGACGGCCAACGCCGAGGGACCGCCAGCCCUGCUGCCCUACUACACGGCCAAUGGCUCCUGGGUGCUGCCGCCGGAGCCCCGGCCCAGUUUCUUCUCUGUCUCCCCCCAGGACUGCCAGUUUGCUCUUGGGGGCCGGGGCCAGAAGCCAGAGCUGCAGAUGCUCACUGUGUCAGAGAUGUUGCCAUUUGACAACGUGGAGGGCGGGGUGUGGAGGCAGGGCUUCGACAUCUCCUACAGCCCACACGACUGGGACGCCGAAGACCUGCAGGUGUUCGUGGUACCUCACUCACACAAUGACCCAGGCUGGAUCAAGACCUUUGACAAGUACUACAUGGAGCAGACGCAGCACAUCCUCAACAGCAUGGUGUCCAAGCUGCAGGAGGACCCCCGGCGGCGCUUCCUCUGGGCCGAGGUCUCCUUCUUUGCCAAGUGGUGGGACAACAUCAGUGCCCAAAAGAAGGCAGCGGUCCGGAGGCUGGUGGGGAACGGGCAGCUGGAGAUUGCCACGGGCGGCUGGGUUAUGCCGGAUGAGGCCAACUCCCACUACUUUGCAUUGAUUGACCAGCUCAUCGAGGGCCACCAGUGGCUGGAGAGAAACCUGGGUGCAGUGCCACGCUCUGGCUGGGCAGUGGACCCCUUCGGCUACAGCUCCACCAUGCCCUACCUGCUGCGCCGUGCCAACGUGACCAGCAUGCUCAUUCAGAGGGUGCACUAUGCCAUCAAGAAGCACUUCGCUGCCACCCAUAGCCUGGAGUUCAUGUGGAGGCAGACGUGGGACUCCGACUCCAGCACGGACAUCUUCUGCCACAUGAUGCCCUUCUACAGCUAUGAUAUCCCCCACACCUGUGGCCCGGACCCCAAGAUCUGCUGCCAGUUCGAUUUCAAACGCCUGCCUGGUGGGCGCAUCAACUGCCCCUGGAAGGUGCCGCCCCGGGCCAUCACCGAGGCCAACGUGGCAGAGAGGGCUGCCGUGCUCUUGGAUCAGUAUCGCAAGAAGUCCCGGUUAUUCCGGAGCAAUGUUCUUCUGGUACCUCUGGGUGAUGACUUCCGGUAUGACAAGCCCCAGGAAUGGGAUGCCCAGUUCUUCAACUAUCAGCGGCUCUUCGACUUCCUCAACAGCAAGCCAGACCUCCACGUUCAGGCCCAGUUUGGCACGCUGUCGGACUACUUUGAUGCGCUGUACAAGAGGAGUGGAGUGGAGCCUGGGGCCCGGCCCCCGGGCUUUCCUGUGCUGAGUGGAGAUUUCUUCUCCUACGCUGACCGGGAGGACCAUUACUGGACUGGCUAUUUCACUUCUCGGCCGUUCUAUAAGAGCCUGGACCGUGUUUUAGAAGCCCACCUGCGGGGGGCGGAGAUUAUGUACAGCCUGGCUGUGACUCAUGCCCGCCGUGCUGGCCUGGCCACCCAGUACCCGCUAUCCGACUUUGCCCUCCUGACGGAAGCCCGGCGCGCCCUGGGGCUCUUCCAGCACCAUGAUGCUAUCACCGGCACUGCCAAGGAGGCAGUGGUUGUGGACUACGGCGUCAGGCUCUUGCGCUCCCUGGUUGGUCUCAAGCGGGUCAUCAUCAAUGCUGCUCACUACUUGGUGCUGGGCGACAAGAGCACUUACCACUUUGACCCUGAGGUGCCCUUUCUUCAGGCGGAUGACACUCGCGUGAAUCAUGAUGCCCUGCCUGAGCGCACGGUGAUCCCACUAGAUCCCUCGCCCAGAUUUGUGGUGCUCUUCAAUCCACUGGAACAUGAGCGGCUAAGUGUGGUGUCCUUGCUGGUCAACUCACCACGGGUGCGCGUCUUCUCUGAGGAGGGCCAGCCCCUGGCUGUGCAGAUCAGCCCCCACUGGAGCUCUGCCACGGACAUGGUGCCUGAUGUCUACCAGGUGUCUCUUCCUGUCCGCGUGCCAGCGCUGGGCCUGGGUGUGCUACAGCUACAACAGGGCCUGGACAGGCUCCGCACACUGCCCUCAUCUGUGCGUGUCUACCUGCAAGGCCGACGGCUGACUGUCAGCAGGCAUGAGGCAUUCCCCAUGCGUGUCAUUGACACAGGUGCCAGCGACUUCGCCCUCAGCACCCACUACAUGCAGGUCUGGUUCUCAGGCCUGACCGGGCUCCUCAAGAGUAUCCGAAGGGUGGAUGAGGAGCAGGAGCACCGAGUGGAUAUGCAAUUCCUUAUCUAUGGCACCCGAACUUCCAAAGAUAAGAGCGGAGCCUACCUCUUCUUGCCUGACGGCGAGGCCCAGCCCUACAUCCCCAAGGAGCCCCCUGUGGUGCGGGUCAUGGAAGGCCCCUUCUUCUCUGAGGUUGUGGCCUACUAUGAGCACAUGCAUCAGGUGGUGCGGCUUUACAAUGUGCCAGGGGUGGAGGGGCUGUCCUUGGACAUGGCAUCCCUGGUGGAUAUCCGGGACUACGUCAACAAGGAGCUGGCCCUGCGCCUCCACACAGACGUGGACAGCCAGGGCACCUUCUUCACAGAUCUCAACGGCUUUCAGGUGCAGCCCCGGAGGUACCUGAAGAAGUUACCCCUGCAGGCCAACUUCUAUCCCAUGCCUGUCAUGGCCUACAUCCAGGACCCACAAGAGCGCCUUACAUUGCACACUGCCCAGGCUCUGGGUGUCUCCAGCCUUGGAAAUGGCCAGCUGGAGGUGAUUUUGGACCGGCGGCUCAUGCAAGAUGACAAUCGGGGCCUUGGGCAGGGGCUCAAGGACAACAAGAGGACCUGGAACCAUUUCCGCCUCCUGCUGGAACGGCGCACUGCGGGCCCAAGUCCAAGUGAGCCUGGCUUUCUCACUAAACUGGCAGCUAUGUUUAGGAACUUGUCUCUCAGCAGCAGCAGCAGCAGGAAGCAAGAGGUCCAGGAAAGCUACCCAUCCCUGCUCAGCCACCUGACCUCCGUGCACCUGAAUACCCCAGUGCUAGCCCUGCCUGUGGUCAAGAGGCAGUCCCCAGAUCCUGGGCUGCGCCCCUUUCAUCCUCUGGCUGUCUCAUUGCCUUGUGACUUCCACCUGCUCAACCUGCGCUCGCUCCCAGCUGAGGAGGACACCCUGCCCUCGCUGGACACAGCACUCAUUCUGCACCGCAAGGGCUUUGACUGUGGCCUUGAGGCCAAGAACCUGGGCUUCAACUGCAGCACAAGCCAAGGCAAGGUAGCAUUGGGGAGCCUCUUCCGGGGCCUGGAUGUGGGCUUCCUGCAGCCCACCUCCCUGACACUACUGUACCCACUGGCCUCGCCCUCCAACAGCACUGACAUCUAUAUGGAGCCCAUGGAGGUCGCCACCUUCCGUCUCCGCUUGGUGUAGGGCUCCCCAUGCCUGAAGACAGCUCGUCCACAGGCUGCCUCUUCAAGUGACUAUUGGGUUGGGCAAGCCACGCUGGCAUCCCCUUCCAAGCUGCCUCCAAACUGUGACAUUUGCUGCUUAUUGUUGCUUCUGUGUCAAGAGGCAGCCCAUGUAGGCCAUGGCAGGUAGAUGGCAGAAGCUAGCGAGGUCAGAGGGGAAGGCCCUGCACCAGAGUGGGUAGCCACCCAGCUGGACACAGGCUCCAGUACUCAUCUUUUUCGCCAGAAUGGGAUGUAGGAGACAUGAGGGCAGACAGCGGAGGUCAGGGAGACUGUCUGGGUGACAACCCAGUGCCCGAGGUCCUGCAGAACUGUGGGAGGAGAGGGUGGGGGGCCUGGGCUGAAGGAGAUGGGAUCCCCACUGCCCCUCAGUCCCAAGGCCCGGCCCCACCCUGUGCCACCUGGCAUGCUUGUCUUUGGCUUGGGGUGACCCCAGGCAGGCAGGCAUCCCAAGAAGGCGUCCACCUCAUGCCUGGAAGUCAGACUCUGCAGCUCUACCUAUGGUUACCCUUCCACAGAAGCACUGGACUUCUGGCAUGGGGGC